AUGCCGCCCCCCAGCUCGCCCCAGCUCCCCGGCAAGAGCAAAGUUUCUUUACGUCUCGUAAUUCCCAUGCCCAUCUCGGACUUCCACGCCCGCCCCGCUCCCACGAGCGUCCUCCUGCUGCCGCCGGGGGGGGCGCCGCGCUCCGCGGUGCCACUCCCGUCCGCCAGGGGGCGCCACUGUGCCGGGCAGGAGCGAAGCGGCCCCGAGGCUUCAACACCCCCCGCGGCCGCCAGGGGGCGCCGCCGCCGCGGGAGCGGGCCCGGGCCCGGCGGGGGGUCCCGGCUCCGGGCGGGCCGGGGGAAACUGGGACAAAACCGGGGAAAAGUGGGUCAAACCGGGGACGCCUCCCCCCUCCUCCCCCCGCUCUCCGGCUCCGGUGCCGGGCACCGGCCGCUGCCCCUUCGGUGCCGCCUGAAGCUCAGGCCCAGGCCCUGCCCCUCCCCACGGGCGGUGCCGUGCUGCCCCCUCCCCUCGGUGCGGGACCCCCCGCGGGGGCCCGGCGGGUUUCGGCACCCACCCCCUGGGCCCCCUCUCGGGGGGCGGCAGCUGCAGCCCGGCCUUUGGGGCCGGGGGUCCCCGACAGCUCCCGGUUCCCACCACGGGAUGAGCCCCAGCUCCAUCAGCUCCCGGUGCCGGCUCCCGGCCGUGCGCCCUGGGGGAGGAGGGGGCCCGGCGGGGGGCUGGGGGUCUCCCGGGGUGGCCGGUGACCCCUCCUGCCGCCGGGCUCCCUCCGCCCAGCUGGUUUCUUCUCCCCAGCUCUUUCCCGGAGCAGCUGCCGGAGCCGGGGAGAGCUGGAACCAGCGCGUGUGGGAGCUGCCGCUGGGGAGCGCUGGGGUUCGCUGGGGUUCAGCCCCUCGGCCCUGCCCAGCACCACCCUCGCAGGGGCUGCCCGAGGGCCGGGGCCGGCAGCAUCCCGGGAUCGGCCCCGGCUCCCGCGGCCCCACCGGUGACACGGCGAAGCCGGGCUGGCCGCGCACGGGCACCCACGGCCGCCCUGGUGCCGCGGCCGCUCGGGAGGUGCCGGUGGCCGUGCCGAGGCCUGGGAAGGCUCAUCCCGGCGCCGGGGCGGGGAGGACGUGCCCGGUGAGGGACCCCGGUGGGGGGGACCGGCUGUGCCAGCGGGGCCGGGGGAUCUCCGGUGCCGCAGGAGGGGCCGGGUCCCCGCAGGGUCCCGGGGAUGGAGGCGCGGGCGGCGUCAGCGUUCCCCAGGAGCCCGCCUCUCACCCCAAAAACGCAGGGCUUGGGCUCCGUUUCCAAGCCUGGGCAACGCCCGACUCGUUCCGUGCUGCCGAGCCCCAAAACCGGCCCCAGGAGCCGGGUCUCGAUCUCCACACACACCCGGGCGAGCUCCGACUCGCCCCAGCCCCGCCGGUGGUGCGGGGCCGGCAGCCCCGCGCGGUGCCCGCGAACCGGCCGGGGGGACCUGCGGGGGCGAUGGGCUCCUGCCCUCCGGGCUUUACUCCCCGUCGCCCCGAGCCCCGCCCGCUCCUCCGCGGAGCUACCGUGAGUCCCCCCGGCCGCGGCCCCGCACGCCCAGCGCAGCCGGUCCCCGGCCUCACCUGCGCCCCACCGGGGCACCCCGCACCGGGCCGCUGCCGGGCCGCUCGGCCCCGCCCCGCGCAGGCGCCCCGAGGCCCCGCCCCCCUCGCGCCGCGCCCUGCCCCGCGCCCCCCCCCCCUACUGCGGUUCCAGCACGCGUCGUCCGCGACGCGGGGCCUCAGCCCCGGCCCGGCCCAGGGGCUGCUGCUGGGGCUGGGCCUGGCGGGGGCCGGGCUGGGCCCUGCCGGGGCGUCCCGGGCGGGGCCGGGGGGGAGCGGGAGUGGUCGUGGCUCGGCGGGGCCAGGGGUCGGUGUCACGGAGCCGACGCCGCCGGCUCAGCUCAGGCACCGGGUAAAGGCUGGGAACCGCCGGCGGCGCUGGGGCUUCCCCGGCACCGCCUGCCCGGGCACCGCCUGCCCGGGACCCGCACGGCGGCCCGAUCCGGGGUACCGAGCCCGUGAGCACCGGCCGGGGGACGUCCAGGGGCGGAGAAGGGGCGCCUGGGGUCCGAAGGCACCUUCUACCCCCAGGCCCUCCCUGGAGGCCGGCAACAGCCGGGGGGGCCGCGGAGCUGGGGCUCGGCUGCCAAGCCCCGGAGCAGCAGCGCAGACCCGGCUCCUAGCCCCAAAGCGCAGGACUUGA